AUGAGGCCUCGUCCUGUUGACCUGCUGGGGUCGGCGCUUGGAUGCUUUGUUGUGUGGCCCCUGGUUGCAUCUGCCCUCAGGAUGGAAUUUUUGACCGAUAGGGAGGUUACCCCACCAAGUCUAUCCCAUUCUGACGCUUUAGAGGGACCUAUGCAACACAUCGGAAAGAGGUUCAAAGAGCAAUACGCCUUCAUCACUCAUACUAUUUCGAAGACAUUUACACCACUGAGGCUACCAUUUGGCAAGAUCUUUGGCCUCUCCAAUGGAUUAUGCUUACCACACGAGGCGUCUGGCAGUUCUAGCAGCCUCUACCUUUCGCAGCUGGCAGAGAAGUGCCCGAUAGACAUGUCAACAAUCAUGCAGCAGGCACCGGGCCAUCGCCCCAUUCCGCGCUUCACAAAGUUUAGUAGGGUUAUUCGUACGAACGGAGAAAAACUUACCCUGUCUGACCAGGUAAUUAGGUGGUUCAAUAGUCGGUUGGGCACAGCCGACGAAGUUUGUACUGAAGAGCUGGGUCUUGGACCUGGAGAUCUUUUCAACAGGGCCUAUAAGCCUCCGCCGGUAAAAGGUUUAGGAGGCCUCACUGUUGGUAUGAAGGAGCUGCGACAGGUGUACCUGGGGUUCAUAGAUGACUUCACAGCAGCUUCAUGCAUAGCACCCUUCAUGGAGCGUCGCAGCGCCAGCAACACAGAGCACUGCCUGAGAUGCGUCUAUAGAACGUACUAA